UCUUCUGCAGGCCCAUUUGCCAUGAACCAGCCCACCCCCGGGGCCGCCCCCCCACCCCGCCGCGUGCGGCUGAAGCCCUGGCUGGUGGGCCACACCUGCCAGUACCCAGGGCUGCAGUGGGUCAAUGGGGAGAGGAAAUUCUUCUACAUCCCCUGGCGUCAUGCCACACGGCACGGCCCCAGCCAGGAGGGAGAUAACACCAUCUUCAAGGCCUGGGCCAGGGAGACGGGGAAGUACACGGAAGGGGUCGACGAGGCUGAUCCCGCCAAGUGGAAGGCCAACCUGCGCUGUGCACUUAACAAGAGCCGCGACUUCCGCCUCUUCUAUGAUGGGCCCCGGGACAUGCCGCCUCAGCCCUACAAGAUCUACGAGGUCUGCUCUAAUGGCCCCACUCCCGCAGAGUCCCAGCCCACUGAGGAGUACCCUUUUGGUCCAGGAGACGAGGAAGACGAGGAAGAAGAGGAGCUCCAGAGGAUGCUACCAAGCCUGAGCAUCACAGAGGCAGCACAGCCUGUCCCCCCCAUGGCACCCUAUUCUUUGCCUAAAGAAGACAUCAAGUGGUCACCCACUCUCCAGCCACCUGGGGUGCUAGUUCCUCCAGCUCCAGAUCCCAGCCUUCUGGUCCCUCCCCCUGGCAACCCCGCUGGCUUCGGGGAGCUUCUCUCUGAGGUCCUGGAUCCUGAGCCCCUGGCUGCCAGCCUGCCCUCUGCCAGCGAACAACUCCUGCCCGACCUGCUGAUCAGCCCCCACAUGCUGCCGUUGACCGACCUGGAGAUCAAGUUCCAGUACCGGGGGCGGCCACCCCGUGCCCUCACCAUCAGCAACCCUCAUGGCUGCCGGCUCUUCUACAGCCAACUGGAGGCCACCCAGGAGCAGGUGGAGCUCUUUGGGCCUGUCAGUCUGGAGCAAGUGCGCUUCCCCAGCCCCGAGGACAUCCCCAGCGACAAGCAGCGCUUCUACACCAACCAGCUGCUGGAUGUGCUGGACCGCGGGCUCAUCCUUCAGCUGCAGGGCCAGGACCUUUACGCCAUCCGCCUGUGCCAGUGCAAGGUGUUCUGGAGCGGGCCCUGUGCUGCAGCUCAGGGCUCCAGCCCCAACCCCAUCCAGCGGGAGGUCAAGACCAAGCUCUUCAGUUUAGAGCAUUUUCUCAAUGAGCUCAUCCUGUUCCAGAAGGGCCAGACGAAUACCCCACCACCCUUUGAGAUCUUUUUCUGCUUUGGGGAGGAGUGGCCUGACUGCAAACCCCGAGAGAAGAAGCUCAUUACUGUACAGGUGGUGCCUGUAGCAGCUCGCUUGCUGCUGGAGAUGUUCUCAGGGGAGCUUUCUUGGUCGGCUGAUAGCAUCCGGCUUCAGAUCUCCAACCCAGACCUCAAAGAUCGUAUGGUGGAGCAGUUCAAGGAGCUCCAUCACAUCUGGCAGUCCCAGCAGCGGUUGCAGCCCGUGGCACAGGCCCCUCCUGUGGUAGGCCUUGGAGCUGGCCAGGGCCCCUGGCCCAUGCACCCCGUGGGCAUGCAGUAACAAGGCUGUGGGCAGUGACUGGCUCGGGCUUACUGGGUGGCUGUGUGGACUGGUGCAGAGGUGCAGCAGCACAGGGCACCUGGCUGGCUGCAUGCUCCUACCUCUGGGUUCCUAGAAAUGGAUCUGGGCCAAGUAGGAGAGGAAAAAGAGGCCUGAGCUCAAGAUUCUCCCUGCAAAGCUUUGCUCUGAGGGCUCUAUAUUCCUGGGCUUGCGUUACUCUGGAGACAGCCCCAGUGAGGGGUAAGGAACUCCCCAAUCCUGGGGCCUCAUUGUACAGGAGGAAUCGCUCAGGUUGGCCACAAUGUGGUUGCCCCAUUUCCUCUGGCAAAAAGAGUCAAGGAGAGGACCAGCAGAUGGCAUAAUGGUUAUGUCAUUGAAGUCCCACGUGGUCGACUAUGGUGUGAGUCCUGGACUCUGCGGCUUAAAACUCAUGCGGGGCACAUGUGCAUGCAUGCCCCAAAU